UGCACUUAGUUAAAUAUAUAGACAGCAGGAUACGUUUGAUUUAUUUUUAAUUAAAACUACUUAAAAACUUUGACCUGCAUAGAAGUUUACCCUAAACAUGAAAAAGAUAAAACAAUGGCAGAUGAAAUUUUAUAAAUCAUGACAGAAAGAAUAGCAAAAUCCCAUUAAUUUUGAAAAGAACAUGUUCAGAACAAGAAAUCAUCUACGAGUUGUAACAAAUUUGUUGCAACGUCAUACAAAUCUUCAGAAAGCAAGAAUCUCUCGAUGUCCUGUAAACAGUUAUAAGGUGCAAGUUCGUGAUACUUGUCCCCCUAAACCCCCACCUCCGCCUCCUAAACCAAAAGAUGACACUGCUUUCUGGGGGGCAAUGACUGUUGUUUUUUUGGCAGCUGGUUUUGCUUUUAUUGCUAAGCAAAAUCCAGAAAUCAGAGACUGGUUGUCAAUAUACGCUCCCUGGUUCGAUGAUCUCAUUGCAAUUGCUUUCCAAGAAAAUAUGACUUUUGGCGAGCUUGGCCAAAAGUAUCUGGAUAAUAUUAAACGUUCUCUUAAUCAGUUAAUCAAGGACGAUAAAGACAAUAAGGUUAAGCCUUGCUCAAUGGAAGUUUCAGACACUCCUAUUACAACCGUGCCGACGGCGGAAGAGGUCGAAGGAAUAAAAGGAGAAUCUGUGGACCCUGAGGGUCCGCCCUGUGAAGGACCACCGCCUGUCGUGAUCAGUAAAACUGCGUGCGAGAUUGUUGACCACCUUCGGGAGCUUGCAAAUGAUGUUUUAAGCAAUUAUUAUACAGCAGAAAGGGCUUGCUUUCUUUACAACCAGAUUGUUAAUGAGACAAUGGCAAACUUCUCCAUCCCGUUACUUAAAGAAUUGAAUGGUCACAUGACAGAACGGCAAGAACUCGUCCAGAGUUCCUUGAAAAACGCUGAUGAGGCUCUUGCUGAUAUAGACGCUUUAGCCCAUUAUCUAGAGUGUGGUGCGACAGGCACAAAAGAAGAAAUUGCAGCCGCUAUUACAGAAGUAGAAGAUUAUCAACAAAAAUUCUUGGCUUCGAGGAUUAAAUAUGAUUGGGAAAACGACAAAUCUACAGCGUUGGAUAGCCAAUGGAAAAAGGUGGAAGGCAUAAUAGACAAAUAUUCAGAAGAAAACGAGAUAAUGUUUUCCGAAGUAAAGUAUGCAGAAGAUAAAUUAUCAUUCACCAGUGACAUGGACUUAUUGCUGUAUCAUACUUCAAGAUACUCUCAUCAAUUGAAGAAAGAAUUACAAGAUGUCGUGUUUGGAAUGACAGAUAGAGUCAAUAGGGCUUUUGAAACAUUACCUCAAGGUGAGAAGGAACAAAAAGAGCGACAAGCAAUGAUGGAGGCUGUCCUCAAACAGAAAAGAGCCGAAUUAAUUCAAGAGUAUAAUAAAAGGUACGAAGACCAGCGCGCGGCCAACGAAAAAUUACUGAGGGAUUCCUUAAACAAGCAACUGAAAGCACAUGAAGAAAUUGAGAGUAGAAGAUUGCUAGAAAAAGAAAGAGAGGCGACGAUAAAACUGGACAAACUUGUAUCUGAGAAGGUAGCAUUUGAGAAAAGAUUGUUUGCCCAGCAACUUAAAGAGAUGUCUGUGAAACUUAAACUUGUGGAAGACAAAUUAAAUGCUCGCCUCAAAGCUGAGAGUGAAACUCGUCGAUCUCAAGCUCUGUGGGCUGCUGGUUCAGCUCUUCUAGCAGCCACAAAGCGCGGAGAAAAUGUCGUGAAAGUGGACAAGGAACUAGAUGCAAUAGAGAAAGCAUCAGGUGAUGGAGACAAGCUUGUUACAACAGUUUUGAAAGCUAUACCUAAUUCUGUACGUGAAACGGGCCUUGUCCCAGAGAGCGUUCUUCGCGCUAGAUACAGUGAGAUGGAAAAUGUUGCUCUGAAGGUUGCGUUGGUGGAAAGAGAAGGGGGUCCACUGCCAGUUUAUUUCUUGUCAUGGCUGAUGUCGAUGUUUCUUUUUAUGAAGAUAUCGGGGAUCCCACAAGAUGAGUAUGACAACCCCCAAAAGGAACCUUCUGAAGACCUGGAUACAUACGACUUAUUGCAGAGAGCAAGAUUCUGGAUGGGACAAGGCAAUCUGGCAGCAGCUAUCCGUUAUGUGAGCCUGCUGCAAGGUGCCUCUCUCGGCGCUGCCAUGACCUGGCGUGAUGCAGCACUCGCACACCUGGAGACCAAGCAAGCAGCUGAAGCCGUAUUGGCACACGCUACGGCGCUUGGCUUGCAGUAUAUAUAAAUAUCAGCCGUAACUCAGAUUGGUGACUAGUGACUUAAUAAAUUUUGUACUAAAUAAUUAUAUCGUAACAAAAUGCUAUUGAUGUAACGUUUUUAUGACUUGAGUUUUACUAUAUAAUGAAUGAACUUGGAGUUAAAAGAAAAUAAAUUUAGUGAGAAUUAUUAAAGUAAAAAUUGAUUAA